AACAAGACAAGUAUAUUUUUUCUCAUUCUAACUUAUUGCAUAAGUUCAGCGGUGUAGCUAUAAAGAACAGACCGCCGUAUCGAGAUCUCUCAUCUUUCUCCCUCCGUAUUUCUGUGAUUAAUAAAGUGUAUAUCGAUGAUAAUGUUAAUAAUAUCUAGAUUAUUUAAAAAUUGCUGCUUGACCAUUGAAAAGCAGAUGAAGAAAAUAUACAAAGUAUAGUCAUGGAUGAUCCAUCCGUGUAUCCACAAAGUCAAAGUUGAGUUGAAUAUGUUCAGUCAUGUGAUGCUUAUAAAUGUCAUGCGAUAAUCAUGAAUAUACAUAAGCUAAAAAAGCCGUAACGGUAUACUUGAUUGAUGGCGAAUUUAUUGGCGUCCGUGUACUAAUUAUUUUUAUCAUGGUCGAUAUAAAAGUACUGAUAAGAGCGCGGUGAGGACGCGGGUUCACUCACGUUUGUGAUAAGAAAUUGAGCAACGAAAUGGAGCCACAAUUUCAUUCGACAAAGAGGCCGAUUGCAUAUCUGACACGGAAACAGCAAAUAGCUUGUUGUCAUCGUUUGAACAGCCCGUUUCUAAGCGAGAAAGAAAACAAAGAGGUUUACGGAAAAUGCAAUAACAGUUUUGGACAUGGUCACAAUUAUACGGUGGAAGUAACCGUUCGUGGGCCUAUAGAUGAAUCAACGGGAAUGGUUAUGAACCUAACAGAGUUAAAAGAAUGCAUACAAAAAGUGGUGAUCGAUCGAAUGGAUCAUAAAAAUAUAGAUAAGCAAGUGGACCACUUUGCAAACACGGUGUCAACAACUGAGAAUAUCGCCGUUUACGUAUUCGAGGAGCUGAAAAAGUACAUGUUCAGACCUGAAUUAUUGUACGAGGUGAAGAUUCAUGAAACCGACAAAAAUGUUAUGUGCUUUAGGGGUGAAUAUCUUGAGUGAUAUGUGAUUGUUUUAUAUAAUUGCACAAAUUUAUAUGCCAGAGGAAAUUAAACACGAUUCACUCAG